GCGUGCGCGCGGGGGGCGCGCGGCGCGGGGUGACGGGGUGACGGGGCGGCUGACGCGGCCGCGCUCCUUCCUCUUCCUCCCGGCCGGCCCCGCCUCCGCCGCCUCCGCCCGGCGCCGCCGCCAGCGCCGUCAUGUCGGGCCGCGCCGGGGCCCGGAUCCCGCCGCCCGGAGCCUGCGGAGCCGCCGCCGCCCCCGCGGGCCGGGCCCCCGCGCCGCAGCCCAACGGUCCGGCCGCGGCGCCUGCACACUACGGACAGCCCCCGCAGGGGCCCGGGAAGAUGGCCUCGUCGUCGCCCGUGGACGGCCAGCGCGGCGGCGGUGGCUACUACGCGGGGCUCUACGGGGGGCCAGCCCCGAGUGCCGCCACGGCGGGCCCCGCGCACCCCCCGCCCGUGUACGGCUCGCCGGGCACCCCCAUGCACCCCAGUGCCUCCCAGCCCUACCCGGCCCUCGGGACUCACUACGGCGGCCCGCUGCCCGCGGCCCCCUCUGCCUCCGCCUCUCAGGGAUUCCCCGCCACCUCCGGCCACUUGGCCGCGGCCCCGGCCUCCAGCGCAGCGUACCUGGGGCUGCCACCAGCCUCGCUGCCCGUCGGGGAGCCGUACGGGGCCCCGGGCCUGAGCUCGCAGGGUGCCCGCGCCGCCAGGGUCCCCCCGAGGGACCCCCCGUUCGCUGGCCAGUGCCCGGCCCCACUCCCGCCUCUGCCCGCCCAUCCGCAGCCCUACCCGCAGCCGCAGGCCCUUCCAGGAGCCGACCCGCGUGCCUGGGCAGCCCCCGGGCCCCCCGCUGCCCACGACGGGCUCGUCGGCGCCCCCGGCCAGCCCGCAAACGCAGUUGCAGAUUCUUUAUCCUGUUCCGUUAGCCCCAACGUCCAGCCUCCGACGGGCAGCCCGGCGGUGUCCACUGUCCCGCCAGCGGCCCCCUCACCGCGGACUUCCACAGUCAGCCCCCCCGCCGCGCCCGUGGCCUCAGUGACGUCGCAGAAAGGCGCGCAGUACGGUGACUAUGUUAGUAACCGAGCUAGCUCCGCGGCGACGCCCUUGUCAUCCACUUCCGAUGACGAUGACGAGGAGGAGGAGGAUGAGGAAGCAGGUGUGCCCAGCUCGUCCACCACCAGCAGCGCGUCCCCCGUGCCCAACAGCUACGACGCCCUGGAAGGGGGCAGCUACCCAGACAUGCUCUCGUCGUCAGCAAGCAGCCCGGCGCCCGACCCGGCCCCCGACCCUGACCCCGUGCCCGACACAGCCCCCCUGACUGCCCAGCCUUCCAAAGCGGCCAAGCCGUUCGGGUACGUCUACCCAACGCUCCAGCCUGGCUACCAGAACGCGGCGGCGCCCGUGCACCCAGGAACGCGGCCCAGCAGCCCCGCGUACCCCGGCUUCCAGUACGCGCAGCAGUACCCUGGCAUGGCCCCGCUCUCCUCCAGCCUGGGCGGGCUGAGUCUCCAGGGCACUCCACAGCCCGAAAGUCUGAGGCCCGUCAACCUGACCCAGGAGAGGGACAUCCUGCCCGCGACGCCUCCCUGGCCCCCUGUACCUAACUUGAACUUAGAGCUGAAAAGACUAAACUGUAGCCCGGAUUCCUUUCGGUGCACGUUGACAAGCAUUCCACAGACCCAGGCGUUGCUGAAUAAAGCCAAGCUGCCCCUGGGGCUGCUGCUCCACCCCUUCAGAGACCUGACGCAACUGCCCGUGAUCACGUCCAACACCAUCGUGAGGUGCCGGUCGUGCCGGACGUACAUCAACCCCUUCGUGUCCUUCAUCGACCAGCGCCGGUGGAAGUGCAACCUGUGCUACAGGGUCAACGACGUUCCCGAGGAAUUUAUGUACAACCCUCUCACCCGGUCUUACGGAGAGCCUCACAAGCGGCCGGAAGUCCAGAACGCAACGGUGGAGUUCAUUGCUUCCUCGGACUACAUGCUGCGUCCCCCCCAGCCUGCCGUGUACCUAUUCGUGCUCGACGUGUCACACAACGCCGUGGAGGCCGGAUACCUGGCGGUCUUGUGCCAGUCACUCCUAGAAAACCUGGACAAGCUUCCUGGAGAUUCACGGACAAGAAUAGGAUUCAUGACAUUUGAUAGCACGAUUCAUUUCUACAAUCUACAAGAAGGAUUGUCCCAGCCUCAGAUGCUGAUCGUAUCUGACAUAGAGGAUGUUUUCCUGCCCACGCCGGACAGCCUGCUCGUGAAUCUCUGCGAGAGUAAGGAGCUGAUCAGGGACCUGCUGACCGUGCUGCCCGGCAUGUUCACGCAGACGCGGGAGACGCACAGCGCCCUGGGGCCGGCCCUGCAGGCGGCCUGCAAGCUGAUGGCGGCCACCGGCGGCCGCGUGUCCGUGUUCCAGACGCAGCUGCCCUCGCUGGGCGCCGGCCUGCUGCAGUCCCGGGAGGACCCGAACCAGCGCUCCAGCACCAAGGUGGUUCAACAUCUUGGCCCUGCGACUGACUUUUAUAAGAAACUCGCCUUAGAUUGCUCGGGGCAGCAGACUGCGGUGGACCUGUUCCUUCUGAGUUCACAGUAUUCCGAUCUCGCGUCUCUGGCCUGCAUGUCCAAGUACUCUGCAGGGUGCAUCUACUACUACCCGUCCUUCCACUGUACCCACAACGCGCCGCAAGCGGAGAAGCUGCAGAAAGACCUCAAACGGUACCUCACGAGGAAAAUCGGAUUUGAGGCUGUGAUGAGAAUCAGGUGCACGAAAGGUCUUUCCAUGCACACCUUCCACGGGAACUUCUUUGUCCGCUCCACCGACUUGCUGUCCCUCGCCAACAUCAACCCGGACGCCGGAUUCGCCGUCCAGCUGUCCAUCGAGGAGAGCCUGGCGGACACUUCCUUGGCGUGCUUCCAGACUGCGCUGCUCUACACGUCGAGCAGAGGGGAGCGAAGGAUCCGCGUGCACACGCUCUGCCUGCCGGUGGUGAGCUCGCUGUCCGAUGUGUAUGCCGGAGUGGACGUGCAGGCGGCCAUCUGCCUGCUGGCAAAUAUGGCGGUGGACCGGUCCGUGUCGUCGAGCCUGUCGGACGCCCGGGACGCCCUGGUGAACGCCGUGGUGGACUCGCUGUCGGCCUAUGGCGCCUCGGCCGCGCACCUGCAGCGCUCCGCCCUCAUGGCGCCCAGCUCCCUCAAGCUCUUCCCCCUCUACGUCCUGGCCCUGCUCAAGCAGAAAGCCUUCCGAACGGGCACGAGCACGCGUCUGGAUGACCGGGUGUACGCCAUGUGCCAGAUCAAGUGCCAGCCGCUCACCCACCUCAUGAAGAUGAUCCACCCCAACCUGUACCGCAUCGACAGGCUCACGGACGAGGGCGCUGUGCACGUGAAUGACAGGGUGGUCCCGCAGCCGCCCCUCCAGAAGCUGUCUGCGGAGCGGCUGACGCGAGAAGGGGCUUUCCUCAUGGACUGUGGCUCCGUCUUCUACAUUUGGAUUGGAAAAGGCUGUAACAGCAACUUCAUCGAGGACGUGCUUGGCUAUCCCGAUUUCGCGUCAAUCCCACAGAAAAUGACACACCUCCCCGAGCUGGACACGCUGCCGUCGGAGCGGGCCCGGUCCUUCAUAACGUGGCUGAGAGAAAACAGACCCCUGAGCCCCAUUCUGCACGUGGUGAAAGACGAGAGCCCUGCCAAAACAGAAAUUUUUCAACACCUGAUUGAAGACCGGACGGAAGCCGCCUUCUCUUACUACGAGUUCCUGCUCCACGUCCAGCGGCAGAUCUGUAAGUGAAGUGGACAGCGUGGACGGCGAGGAGCGGGGCCGUGGCCCUGGCCAGCCUCAUUCACUGUGAGAGAAGCAACCCCCCCCGGAAACGGGAGAGGAAGGUCGUGGUCGUGGAGACCCCUGCUGCCCAUGGCCACUCGGGCGGCAUCUCUGUCUGUCUGUCUAUCUGUCUGUCUGAGGCUCGGGCGAGGGGGGAGGAGGAAGACGGCAGGGGGGUGGCCAUCGGCCGUGGCUCUCCCUGGUCCCGGCUGGGCGGCCACAGGCGGCCCCUGUGCCCAGCGGGGGGCGGGCGGGGAGGGGGCUCUUUUUCCCUUACAGUUAAUAGAACAUCUCCCUGGACUUGAGCUCUGACAGGACACGCCCAAAGGCAGCGGGACCCUGUUUCUCUGUUUAUACCAACCACUUUUUAACAAGGAGUGAUUCUUACUCUUCAAAGGAAGUCACUAUUUUCCCUGUGAAAACAAUAGGCGUUCAGUGCAGGGCCUCUAGGAAGCAGACAAACUAUGUAUACAUACGGAUAUAUAUAUAGUGUACAUAAGUGUUACAUUUGUAAAGAAAAUGUAAAAAUGUAACUACACAAUAUGCACUGUGCUGACAACUCUUUGUUGCGGUGGAAAUUGAGGUCGGCCCACUAACACGCGCUACACGAAUUGAGUCCACAAAGAAACACAGAACUCUUUGUAAUUGCUAAAUCUUUUAUGUGGAUUUAUUUAUGAUCAGCCCACUAAUUAAAAAUAUUUUGCUUGA